UAAUCCCGAGUCGAGAUGGAGUCAAAUGACCAGAUAUGACGAUGAAUAUCAUGAUUUGAAUUUCCAGCCCAACCUAAACCUCAGUGCCUUCGGUGCAGGGAAGCAAACAGUAUGCCAUUGCCGGCGAAAUUAGCUGAAAGGCUGAAGAAGAGAGGCUUGCUGAAAGAGGAAGAAGUGAAGCGUGGAUGUGUGAAUGCAAGCAAUGCCUUCCAUACAUGUUGUGACUACUGCUAUCAAAGAUAUGGUGUGGGGAAGCAGAAGGGCAUUGAACUUCCAGGAACAUGGCUGCGCGUAGAGUCAGAUGCAAGGUCUUUCGGCUUUGUGUACUUCUGGGAUCCUGUCAAUCGGAAAAUUGCCUGGCUAUCACCCGAAGAUGCGGAGCAUGAAGCUGUAGACUUGCCUCCACUUGAAUUUGCUGUUGACAUCACGAAUGAUGGCUCCAGUGUGCCGACGGUAGUGCCUGAAGUGGCUCCGCACUCGAAGCAAGUUAGCUUCAAGGAUGCUGAGGCUCCACCUAAGGAUACUCGUCUAACAAUGAGAAGAGAGAAGACAUCGUCUCGGGCUGCUCCGUAUGGAAAGAGAGGCGGUGCAAAAUCAUCGGAAGCGGAUCCGAUGGAUCCGUCGUCGUACUCGGACGCUCCUGUAGGCAACUGGUCGGCUGGAUUAAAAAAUAAGGAUGAUGCAAAAACUGGUGCCGAUACAACUGCAGGUGGAGUUCUUUAUCAAUCUCGGCCCUAUCCCAGCCCUGGUGCUAUUCUCAAAGCUAACAAAUCGGGCGCAAACACCUCCAUUGGUCCUAAACCUACCGACUAGCCCAGUGUUGCCUUUUGCAACUCAAUAAGCUAUGUAUUUGUAUAUUAUGUUUUUGUACAUAUGCACAGGAACUAGAUUUGUUAUUGUACAUACUUGACUUAGCCCCUUGUUGCUUCUUUGUAGAGUAUUUGCCAUUGUUGGUUAACGUGUUGCUCUGGUUCCUGUUCACUCGUAAACAUGCUGGUGCAGUGUUGGCCCUCUCUUUUUGUCUCCAGCAGUACUUUAUUAUUUUGUUGUGUCUGUACAGUUGUGCUUUUGCUCGUUUCUAUUGGAUUCGUGAUAAUUAUUAUGCUUUUCCUUAUUUCAUGAUUGAUUAUUGCAAUGUCCUCCAUACAACUGA